CGUCGGAUCAAGUGCGUAAUGGCGGGCCGCGUUUUCUCGGCGUUGUCGGUAUUGGUUCUCGCCUCCGGAACUUUGGCAGAGAAAUGGUGGGAGAACACGGUCAUCUAUCAGGUUUACCCUCUGUCCUUCUACGACUCCAACGGUGAUGGUAUCGGCGACUUGCGAGGAAUUGAAGAGAAAGCAAGUUACUUAGCUGAGUUAGGAGUUGGGGCAGUAUGGUUGAACCCUUUUUACAAAUCGCCGAAGGUUGAUAAUGGCUAUGAUAUUAGCGACUUCAGGGACAUAGACCCUCAAUAUGGCACGAUGGAAGAUUUUGAGAGGAUGUUGAGAACUUUCAGGGAUAAGUACGGAAUCGAGAUAAUAAUAGAUUUUGUUCCAAACCACACAAGUGACCAGCACGAAUGGUUCAAGAAGUCUGUCAAAAAAGAGGGUAAAUACACAGAUUACUACAUCUGGAAAGAUCCAAUAGGGUGGGACAGUGGUAAACCAAUUCCUCCAAACAAAUGGAUAAUAGUCCCAAUGCUCGGGGGUACGUCAGCGUGGGAAUGGAACGAAGAGAGGAAGCAAUUUUACUACCACGCUUUUUACAAAGAGCAGCCCGAUUUGAAUUUCCGAAAUCCAGACGUCAUCGAAGAAAUCAGGGACCUGUUCCAAUUCUGGCUGGAAAAAGGAGUGAAAGGCUUUCGAAUAGACGCUGUGCCUUUUAUUUUCGAAGACGAGGACUUGACAGAUGAGGCAUUCUAUGGCGAGCAAACCCAAUCUCUACCCGAAGCUUAUGAACUAGUGGAGGACAUGCGAGCUUUUGUGGACGAAUAUGGUGAAGAGCAUAAUGUGGAUAUUAUGCUGAUGACUGAGGCCUGCGUUAAGCCUGACAUGGUUUUAAAAUAUUUUGGAACCCCUGAAUCCCCGGGAGCCCACAUACCUUUCAAUUUCCUGCUCCUCACCCAUUUCAGGGAACAAACGAACGCUCGUGGGCUUAAUAACACUGUUGCCGGCUAUUUGGGAAGUUUGAAACCGGAUCAGAUGCCCAACUGGGUGUCAGGAAAUCACGAUAUGGUGCGGAUUCAGUCUCGUAUGGGAAGCGCUACGGAUGUAGACCUAGUGAAUAUGCUCAACCUUUUGCUGCCUGGUACUUCGACCGUCUACUACGGUGACGAAAUCGGCAUGGACAGCUACCAGCGCAUGGACAAAUCUGGACUCUCCGCAAAAUUGCAGGAGGACUAUCGCACUCCUCACAGGACCCCCUUCCAAUGGUCCGAUGAAAAAAAUGCAGGGUUCACCAAAAGUGAUACACCGUGGCUACCAGUGCACCCAGACUACUACCGAGUGAACGUAGUAGCGCAAAACAGGACCUCUUGCGAACCUGGCGAAACAACCCAUUUGAAAAACUUCAAGAAAAUGGUGGAAUUGAAGAGGACAAAUCUUGCUUUUAGGAAAGGAAAAGUUUCCACUUACGUGCUCGAUGACGACGUCUUUGCUUUUGUGAGAGCGUACGGAAGAGUGGUAAAUCUCGUCGUGUUUAAUUUGAGCAAGUCGCAGAGCAAACCAAUCAACCUUGCCAAAAAUAUUCCGGUUGCCAAAAAAGCUAAAUUGGAAAACAUCGAAGUCAAAAGUGUGAAUAUGCCACGCGAUCUAACAACAUCACAAUUGUUCCCUGGAGAUUUCACUAUGCCACCGAGGUCAGGAUUGGUUUUAUCUUUCAGACUGACCGGGAUAACGGUGCGUAGACCGCUCGACCUGUACUACGUCCCAAUAAGCGGGCCUUGCCGGGGUGCAAUGCUGGCCGCCAAACUCCUCGGCGUGGACCUGAACCUGAAGUUGGUGGACCUCCCGAACAAGGAACAGAUGAAACCCGAAUUCCUCCGCAUGAACCCGCAACACACAGUACCAACACUCGACGACAACGGGUUCUACCUCUACGAGAGCCGGGCAAUCAUCACCUACCUGGCCAACAGAUACGGCAAGUGCGACACCCUGUACCCCAAGGACCCCAUAAAACGGGCCAUGGUCGACCAGCGAUUGUACUUCGACAUGGGGACUCUGUUCCAGCGGUUCGGCGAUUACUGGUUCCCGUACAUGUUCGCAGGGGCUCCGAGGGAUGCGGCCAAGUUGGCCAAGCUUGAGGAGGCCUUCGGGUUCUUCGACACGAUGCUGGAGGGGUCGAUUUAUGCUGCCGGGGAUACGAUCACCGUGGCUGAUGCUGCGUUAGCCGCGUCCGUGUCGACCAUCGAGGCGGUUGGUGUCGUCGAUGUCAACAGAUACCCUAAUGUGAGUCGCUGGUAUAGGAAGUGCAAAGCCACACUGCCCGACUACCAGGAGACCAAUGAGAAGGGCGCUCUGGCUUUUAAACAGUUUGCCGAUCUGCUGAUUAACAAGCGUAAAUUUGCAGGUCCGUAGAUUGAUACCACUCGCGUCAACUCGCCAUGAUGGAUGAUUGAUCUAUUUUUGCAAUGAUUUUAUGUUUAGACCGUUGUAAGGAACUAGGAAGAUUUCAUGGGCGGCUGAAGUCAUUCACUCAUACAUUCUUCCUAAACAUUGAGGAACUCUCACCAAAAAGAAAGGGAUCUGAAGGGUAGGAUCUGAAACUUUCAGGCCUCAUAAUGUCAUUCUAAACAUAAAAGUAAAAACUCAAUUUUCCUCUAUAAAGUGUGUCUGUUUCAUUUAUUUCUGAUUGUGGCUGAAUAAAGAGAAUCAUUUUUAAAAAA